UGAGCCAGGACAAAGCCCCCCGGCAGUGACUGAGUGGAGCAGGAGGAGGGACAGAGGGACGGGGAAGGCUGCACAAAAGAAUUCCUCACCCCAAAGCCCCCUGACCGGCAGCAGCAGCAAGUAAAGAAGCAGAUCUGCCCUCCCUCUUCCCUCCUCCCUCCCAUCUUCCCACCCAGACUGGGCACAGGCCAGAGAGCAGCUGCAGGCCCUCAGAGAGGCCCUCAGAGAGGUGGCACUGUCGGCUUCCUAUAGGUGGCAACAGUAGCACCUGUUUGAGCGGACGAGCUGAGCUGAGGACUGACAGAGGGAGGAGGCAGAGAACUCCGACAACUCGACAACUCGGAGAGGAGCUGGGAAGCAGUGCAGAGCAGAGAGCAGAGCUGCCGCUGAGAGAACGUUGGAGCUGUAACUCCUGCUUCAAGUUACUCUUGCUCCUUGAGGUGGAAGCUUGGCCAGAUGUGACUCAACUUGCUGAACUGAGUUUGCCCCACCCAAGGCAGUUUCUCCCAAGUCUCCACCCUGGGCGGGCAAGCCGUGUAUCCCCAGAGCUGAGAUGCUGUUAAUGAACAGUGAUUGGACAGUCAGCCUGCCAGCAAACAGGCUGGACUUCUCCGGUGUCCCACAGACUGAGCAGGUAUCCAGAUUAAAAGGGAAGAGUCUGGAAACUGUCCCCCAGGCUCCUCACAUACACUGGGAGGAGGCUGCAAUCUGCCUUCUACCAAGGCCCUAGAGGGUAGAGUAUCCCUUCCCACAGGCACACACCAUGGCCGAGUCUCCCGGCUGCUGCUCCACGUGGGCCCGCUGCCUCCGCUGCCUGUAUAGCUGCCACUGGAGGAAGUGCCCCAAAGAGAGGAGGAAGAGCCACCAGCAUGAAUGUUUCUGGUUUGGCCUGCUCUUCCUCACCUUCCUUGUCUCCCUGGGCUGGCUGUACGUCGGGCUCAUCCUCCUCAAUGACCUGCACAACUUCAACGAAUUCCUGUUCCGCCACUGGGGACAUUGGAUGGACUGGUCCCUGGCAUUUAUGCUUUUCGUCUCUCUAUUGGUCACAUAUGCAUCUCUGCUCUUGCUCCUGGCUGUGCUCCUGCGGCUCUGUGGCCAGCCCCUGCAUCUGCACUGGGUGCACAAGGUGCUGCUGUUCCUCAUUAUACUUCUUGUGGCCGCCGGCUUUGCAGUACUGGGCGUCCAAUGGCAGGAGGAGUUGCUUAGCUUACAUCUGUCACUACAGGCCACAGCCCCAUUCCUUCACAUUGGAGCUGUUGUUUGCAUUACCAUCCUGGCCUGGCCUGUGGCGGAUGCCUUCUACCGUAUCCACCAAAGAGGUCGCAAGACUGUGCUACUGUUCCUAUUUUUUGGAGUUGUCUUGGCCAUCUACCUGUCCCCCCUGUGCAUCUCCUCACCGUGUAUCAUGCAAUCCAGACACUUACCGCCCAAGCCUGAGCUAAUGGGGCACCGAGGGGCCCCCAUGCUGGCCCCCGAGAACACCCUGAUGUCCCUGAGGAAGACAGCUGAAUGUGGCGCUGCUGUGUUCGAGACCGAUGUCAUGGUCAGCUCCGAUGGGGUCCCCUUCCUCAUGCACGAUGAGCGCCUCAGCAGAACCACAGAUGUGGCUUCUGUGUUUCCAACCCGCAUCGCGGCGCACAGCAGCGACUUCUCCUGGGCAGAACUGAAGAGACUCAACGCCGGAGCCUGGUUCCUGGAGAGGCCACCAUUCUGGGAGGCCAAGAAGCUGUCGGGCUCUGAUCGGAAAGAGGCUGAGAAUCAGAGAGUACCAACAUUGAAAGAGCUGUUGAAGGAAGCGGCAGCCCUCAAUCUCUCCAUUAUGUUUGACCUGCGCCGCCCCCCACGGAACCACACAUACUAUGACACUUUUGUGAACCAGACAUUGGAGACUGUGCUGGAUUCAAGGGUGUCUCAAGCCACGGUCCUGUGGCUCCCUGAUGAAGAUCGGGCUACUGUCCAACAAGAAGCACCUGGUAUGCGCCAGGUAUAUGGACACCAGGGAGUCAACACAACCGAGAGGCCCCUGCUUCUCAACCUCCCCUACCAAGACCUGCCACAGUUGGAUAUGAAGGCGCUGCAUGAGGAUAAUGUCUCGGUGAACCUGUUUGUAGUGAACAAGCCCUGGCUCUUCUCCCUCCUCUGGUGUGCAGGGGUGAAUUCAGUCACCACCAACGACUGCCAGCUGCUGCAGCAGAUGCGUUACCCCGUCUGGCUUAUUGCCCCUCAAACCUACCUAAUAGUGUGGAUCUCCACCGACUGUGUCUCCGCCCUGCUGAUUUUGUGUCACUUCCUCCUCCGUGGCCUUCCCCUUACUCAUCCCCACCGUGCCCCCCUCCCCUCUCCAGGCUUAGAAACAGCUGUGCUGCUCACCAGGAUCAACAAUGUGAGAAGGGAGUGAAUGCCUUGCCCUAGGCCCCCACCAGCUGUUUACGUCUGCCAACAGCAAGACGUAAGGAAGGACGAUGGCUGAGGUGGAGUGCUGGUAGUGUUGGGGUGAGGUGAACUUUGCCAACUGGAGGUUUUGAACUAUGAGCGCCUUCUGCCCAGAUGGUGCACUUGUCCAUGGAAUAUGCUCCCCUUCAGAUUUUGACCUGAAGUGGUGGUAGAAGACAGUCACGAAAAUUUUCCCCCGAGGUAAAAUGUUCUAGUACACAGGAGAUUGCCAACAUCAUGUUUCAGACUUGUGUACACGUGUUCAUGUGCAAAGCACGGGGUGUGUCAGGGGUGGGACAACUUGGAACAGUGACUGAAGAGAGGACAGAACAUCCUUCUCAGAACUGUGAGAUGAUGAAGACACCAAUCCCAAUCCAUUCACCAUCUCUCUCAACAUCUGCAAUUCAGCUGCUUUGCUACCUACAGGCUGGAGGCUAAACAGCCCAUCUAGCCAUGCAGUUCUGUGUCUACAGGUGACUUUUUUGUUGCAUACAGCCUUUUUCUUCAAGACUCGUCAGUUCCUGUUUCUUCUCAAUCCCAUCUCUGAAUACAUUUUAUUUCCAUUUGG